AUGAAAACUAUCAUCCUGGCGCUGCAUGUCCUUGGGGCUGCCGAGAGCGCAGAGCAAAUUUCGAAGCUCUGCGAGAUGAUAAGUUUCAAAAGGCUUACCGACAACGGGCUAGAUGGCUCUAUGCUUCAAUCACUUCUUUGCAAAAGAAACGAUCUAGAUUUUUAUCUUCCGGCGAGCUCGAACGCAGUGAAAGCACUACUUGAAACAUGGUAUACUGGGUUAUGGCUACAAACAGUAUAUGUUGCAUUCGCAGGGCAUUAUCCUGAACUAUGCAAAAUAUUUGAAACCAAGAAGAUGUCUAUAAUUCAUAUGAAUGGGACCCUUUUGAGACAGGCCUUGUGCUCCGUAUAG